CCUGCCGCCGCAUUAAAGUCGGAUAGCGGACCAUGGGGAGGAAAGGAAAAGUUUUAAUUCUGAGAUGUUAGCGCAAUGACUUUUCAGUAACAAUCUCAUGGGACGAGGCUCCCCGGCGUGAGGAGGGCAGGGUGAUUUACAGGAAGAAGCGACACCGACUGCCGGGGCAGGGUGAACGGGACAGCGAGAAAACUUGGGAGAGUUGAGAGGAGUGCAACAGUCAGCGGUGGAAAAUCCAGCUUUGCGCCUAUUGAUUUGAAAGAUGAGCUUGCUGUCUGCCAUAGACACGAGCGCCUCCGUGUACCAGCCCGCGCAGCUUCUCAACUGGGUCUAUCUCUCCCUGCAAGACCCCCACCAGACCAGCGCCUUUGACGCGUUCAGACCCGAACCCAACUCUUCCCACACGGAUCUCAGCUUCAGCAAGACUCCCGCAGCGGCGGACCUGAGCUCUUCCCUGAACUCCAACUAUCUCAACAACUUUUUCCAGCUGCAGCGUAAUGAGGCCUUAAACAACAACGUGUAUAAGAAUGUAUCUCCCUAUGGCUCCCUGAACAACAUCGUGGAUGGACUCAACUCCCUUACGGACCAUUUCUCAGACCUUUCCCUUUCUUCAGAGCCAAGGAAACCCAACAAAAGACCCCCACCCAACUACCUGUGCCAUCUGUGCUUCAACAAAGGCCAUUACAUCAAAGACUGCCCCCAGGCCAGACCCAAGGGGGAAGGACUGACACCCUACCAAGGGAAGAAGAGAUGCUUUGGCGAGUACAAGUGUCCCAAGUGUAAGAGGAAGUGGAUGAGUGGCAACUCCUGGGCCAACAUGGGACAGGAAUGCAUCAAGUGCCACAUCAACGUCUAUCCACACAAACAGCGACCUUUGGAGAAGCCGGACGGCCUGGAUGUGUCUGACCAGAGUAAAGAGCACCCACAACACUUGUGUGAGAAAUGUAAAGUCCUAGGCUACUACUGCCGCCGCGUGCAAUAAUCAGCUCCACCCAGAGGGAAAGAACUUUGCCAUCAUAACUCAUGUUAUCUGCCUAUUGACAAGCAGGUCUUCCCUUCUUGUCCACUCUGCUUCCGGACAGUAGCUCUAGUCCUCUCUUUAUAUUUCUGAUACCUUCCUUAUGUAAGAUCAGGAUCAUUCAUCUUGCACGCUUUCCAACAAAUUGUAAAACCAUGUACUAGAAACUGCAUUACUCCAAAUGUAUAUUUAACUCCAGCAAAUUAAUGUAUCGAUGAAUUAGCACCAAGCAUGUAUCGUAUUGGUGUUACUGACAAUAUGUUUAUUGUCAAUACCUCACCUUGGGGUUCGUUGGCUUUGUGUUUACAGAGAUCUGCUUUCCUUUUUCUUGCCAAGUGAAGUAUGCGAUGUGGUGAACAUUUUAGUCAGGAGGCUUCUAGCGAUGGUAAAAUGAAAAAGAAGGCCGUCGGCCGUUCGUUUUAGGGGUCAGCAGCACAUCUUACUAACUGUGAAUUAACUGAGGGAUAAAGUGCCAUACAUCCCGAUCUUACAUUUCACAUAUUUAUUUCCUUUUCUUCUAGUGUGCAAUUUGAAAUUUAACUGGGACAUAUGGAAUUUUUUUUUCUAUGUUUGUGUAUCACAUUGUGUUACUGCAUCCAUGUGUAUUUAGGAACUACUGUAGUAGGUUCAGUCGUAUAGCGUCGCUCCUCAGAUGGAUUUUUGAAAAAGUUGACAGAAGCGGUUUCACCGAACCCCUCUGGAAAUUUUUCUUAGCUUUGCAAAUUUGGAGAUAGCUGUAUUGGGCGGCAGCAGCAGAUGUUGGACAGAUUACUGUAGCUUCAAAUCAAAAGAAGAGUCAAUCUAUAGGACAAGUUUCAGUCUGAACAUGAUUUUGUUAAACAGUAUUCUUUAUAGCAAUGAAGUUCUUGCCAUGCUUUGAAUUAAAUUAGUAUUUAUACAGUAUAUAUGAAAAACUUAGAAGUUAAACUGUUGAAAUAUGUUGUAGUUAUAUCUGGUAGAUAUUUCCAAAGCUUUCACCUUUGUGUCCAGAAUAGGGAGGCUAUGCAGGAAGGCUAAAGGUAUGGCUCAGGGCAUUUGAAGAGAGGUUUUGUUUAAAAGUUAUGAUGCCUACUUGCGUUUUUAUUUUGUAUAAAUCCAAAUUAGCUGAAUCCAUAGGCUGAACCUAACCGUUACUCAGAGAGGGGCCAGCAGUUUGAAGGAAAAAUGUCUUGUUUGAACUUUUAAAGUGCGGUCACUUUUACAGUGGGCGGUAUCUGCACAGAAAAUGGAGGUAUGAGGCAGUGCACCACUAAUGAUCUUCCUCUGUGAUUCAGGCAGUGAAAAUACCACAGGGGGCUUUUCUUGCCAGGUUAAUGCUGUUAAAAAAUAAAAAUAAAAAAUAUUAAUUGGUGUAAAAAGGAAAAUAUUACAGCCGUUUAAAUUAAUGCAAUUUUAUGUAUUUUUGCACUGCCUUACUUUUCUGUCAGAUAAAUUACUCUUGGCAAAAAUUUGGUUUAUUAAUAUUGCAGCAAUUCACAAAACUUUAUUGAGUUCAAUCACACAUACAUUCCAAUUGAUGCUAGUUAUCGAACAGUACAUUAAGCUCAGUUUAUUAUUCAAUGUGAGGUGAAAAGAGGAAACCCAUCAUCUAGUCAUUGACUUGCAGCUUCCGCCCCCCAGGAUGAGCACAUAGUGACAAUCACUUAUAUUGUUGUUGACCUUAUAGCGAUCCCUCAUACCUAGCAUUCAUGUUGCAACAGUGAAGAAGAAAAAUGGCCCUUUAAUGGGAAGAAUCUUCCAGCAGAAACUGGCUCAGUAUUAGAGACCAUCUGCCACGACCGACUGGAGAUUUGAGAAGCCAGAGCAGAAUAUACAAAAAGAAACAGAUGAACCGAUGUAGGUUAUUGUUUAUGCUCAUGGAAGUAAAAGGUUAUUAGCAGGAGAGGGAAAUCGAUUAGUUGAUGGAAGCAUAAUCUCAGCCGACGCAUUCCUCCAGGAAGGUACUAUAGCCGAAGCAAAAGCAGACAGAAACAGAAAAACAACAACAAGGAAAACGAAAUGCUAACACUUAAAAUAUGAGCAAAUAAUACAAAUUGUAGAGGAAAAGAAGAAGAAAGUGAGAAAGUGCAGCAUGAUUUUAUACAGGAAGGUUAUCGGUGCUCUGUCUCCUACUUUUAUUAUUUUCCUAAUAUUAUUACCAACUUGUGUAAAAGCACCCCAGUGCAAACAAUUUCAGUACCAAUAAAUGUUUCCAUUAUAUCGUUCCUUCAGUUUCAAAUAUUUAUAUUGAGAUUCAAAAGAGUCUGCAGAAGUUACCAGCGCCUUCUUGGACAGUAUGGAGCAAUAAGUAUCUUUAUACUCCCCCUCCCCCACAUGUUACUGUGGACUGCCAGAUGUGUGGCUGAAAGACGGAUGCUGACCUUCUCAAUUUUAUUCUAUGAAAUAAAAUCAUAAAAUCAAAAGGAAGUACAAGAACAGAAAAACUACUAUUAAAUCUCGUGGGUGCUUUCCAGAGUUUUUAAGUCUAUUAAAAUAAUUGUAAGAAAUUGUAAAAUAUAACGUUAUUAUAACAAUAAUUAGCAAUAUGUUAAUUAUUUAGUAGCAGUUAAAAUAAUUGUCCCUCUCCUGUUAUAAAUUAAUUAGGCAUGAUAUGUUUUUAUAUUUUUUUUUUCAUUUUUGUGUAAAUACUGCGACACUCUAAUAUUGUUACUCAAGCUUAUCAUACUGUGAUAAUCUAAUACUGGCAUGUGCCUUGUGUAGGAUGGUAGCUGUUCGCUUUGGUCUUUUCUUUUCUUUUCUUUUAGAAAGUUAUCUACUGCUGGUAAGAUGUUGGUUAAUUAUAACUUUUUAAUGGAACCUCACUUUGAAAAUCCCAAAGUAUCUGUUUCAAGCUCAGAAUAAGUGCAGAGAUAACUCCUAAGUGGAGGAAUUCAAUUUAAACUCUGGCUAAGUGAAAGGCAAAGCUGAUAAUUGUUAUGUAUACUGAAAGUAAUGUAACACAGUCAGUUUUUCAGUGCCUUCAGGAGGUAUUAUCAAACCGUAGAUCUGGAGAAUUACAGAGGGAGUUUCAUAUUAGUUUCAAAUGAUCGGAAUCUACCUUUCAAGGACUUGUGACCCCCAUUAUAUGUACUGUAUCUGAAGCCUUUUCGAUGCUGGUUGAGUAUAUAUUUUUUUAUACUGUAACAUGUACGUGCCUUCAAAAGAUUUCAAAGAGUGAAGGGUAAGUGCCGUGGGCUCAGAGGUGGAACUGCGUAUGUGCUAACUGUGAUGUUCAGAAAGUCUGAUGGAGGUUCAAGAUGUGACAAAGGAUGAGAAAAAGAUUAAAGCCCCUCUAUUAGCGGUUGAACUGGCAUGGCGGGUGUUCGCUUCAGAGCAGUUUGCUGGACCAGCGUUUCCAGCUGGCAAUAACAAUCCCACUGUGGUCUGUUGUCAUGGAAUAUCAACAUAGAUGUUAUUUCUUUUUAGAUCCUCACAACAGAACGAAAUGCUUAUAAAACUUUGGACCUCACGCUUUGUUUUGUUUCUCCUUAUAAUCUGUUGUGGUUCCAUUUAUCCAAGAAAAUACUGGUUUUGUUAAAAAAAGAAAAAAAAACAUACACAUUUACUUGCAGUACUUGGAGUCAUACUGGUACAUUGCUGUGUGUGUGGAAAUGAAGCAAACGCCAACUUUUCAGUUAAAAAGGGCACUCCAGGGAUUUAGUUCGUAAAGCUGAAAUGCUUAACACUAACAAAAGCAAAUCUCUUAUUCACUUUCAGUCACUUGGAAUAAGCUCAAAAUCCCACAAACUUGUUUUCCAUAUGGUCCCAUAACAUAAACUUUUAUAAACUACACUGCCUGUUAAAAGAUGACAUCACACCUGGCAUUGACUUGUGUUUUUGGGAUGAUUAAAUCACAUAUGGAGACCUGAAAGUACAUCGACUCAUGCCUUGCAUAAAUGUGAUGUAAUCUGAUUUUCCUGCUAAAAACAACUAGCUUGCAGGAUAUUUGUUUGCAAAGACCAGAUGUAUUAUUUUUAUUUUAUUUUUUUACCAGUUAUGGGCUUUAGUGCAUUUUCAUUCCUCAUCUGCUUGCAAUGAAAUGCUUAUGCAAACAGUUGGCACCUAAUUGUAGCAGAGAACUUGUUGCUUAUUGAGUACUAAAGGCAUCUGGCAGUAUGUCUACAAAAAAGACCCCCUCUUAUUGAACCAUUAACAGUAGGAUCACAUUGCAUUCACAGGACAGGUGUAAAGAUCCCUUGUGAUUUGAUUUAGUGUGAAUGCCAUGUGGUGUCAACAGCCAAGAUGCAAAUAUUAGCGAUCUCCAAGCCGUUGCUGAUCAUUUUCACCAAUUCUGAGUUGUUUUAAGAGCUGUACUUUCCGCAAUUGAAAUAGAAUGCAAUAAAACAUAAAACUAAACAAUGAUUUUCUCCAAAACCAAAGUUAGAGCACUAAAACUUAGGAUUUCUAAUUGUAAACAGCAGUCUCUUUGUGUGCAUUUGAUGUAAAAAUGAACGGACUUUAACUGAUUUCCAAAACAAUGCCAACUCUUUCAACUCCAGUACAUUUCAUAACAGGCUAAACUGGAUUCAUUAAAGAGGAAAAAACAAAGGAACUUAAUUAAAUACGCUUGGCUCCCUGUUUUCUGCAAAUGUCUCGUUCCCUGUUUAAAAGUAGCAGGCUGAAGGAGGAGGCAACACGUCUCUAUAGAAAGUUGCUCCUUUCUGGAAUAUUCUCACAUCCUCUGUGCUUUUCUUCUUUCCUUUGUUACAACUUCCACACUGAGGACUGUUGUUAGUAUAAAUGGUUGACUUAGCUGUGACACAUUCAUUGACAUGAAAAAUGAUCAGGUUUAUAGAUUUUUAGGGAUAAAGUGAGUCCUAGUCAUCAUUGUCUUCUUGAUGCAUUUUUGCUUAAAACUAAGAAGCCUUUCAAUUGGCAUUUUCAGAUUAAGUGAGAUUACGUGUCAUUAGGAUGUUGUUGACGUAAUUUUCUCCGUCUUGAAAAGGUGUCACUUUUUCAAAACCUGAGAAUGGGCGAACUUUAUUUAUUGAACUGGAGGACUGCCCCUUUAAACAGAAGAUUUUGGAUUUUUUAUUUAUUUAUUUUUUUAAUCUUUAGUCAGACUCCUCACGCUCAUCCAUUAAUGGGAACAAUCCAUUUGUCUUAAUGUUAAUAUUCUCCUUUUGCUUUGUUCAGUCACACUAACUGGUUUGCCAGAGUACAUACCAAUGAUGCCUUAUAAAUUAACCUCAUGAGUAACAUUGUUAUUAUGGGAGAAGAAAAUCCCGUCAGAAAGUUUGGUUCCACACAGGAACGGGACAUAAUGGUGCCAUUAUAAAUGACAUCUCUAGAAUCAACUGAUGGAAGACAUUGAAAACAGAGAAUGAACUAUUUAGAAUUUUCUAGUACAUCAUCAGAUCAGAAUUAGCUUUUUUUUGUUUUCUAUGAAUAAGAUGUGUAUUUUGGAAACAUUACUAGAUGUUGAAAUUUCUAAAGCAAUCUGCAACUUAUUUCCCUGACUAAGAUGUUUUAUGUAUAUAUUUGAUGGCCAUGAGUUCCGAUGUUUAUCAAUAUAUAGCUUUUUUUUGUUUGUUUGUUUGUUUGUUUGUGUCUAUAAAGAAGGGCCUAUCGCUGAGAAAUAAUCAAAGCUGGGAAAUUGUUUCUGUUUUAUUUUACACUCGUCUGGAGGAAUAUCCUGCAGAAAUAUUUAUGGACUUUUUACAACACUUUUUGUAUAGAAUAUGCAACAAAGUCUCACGAAGAAGGAAAUAUUGAUGUCUACAUAGAAUAUUAUUAGAGAAAAAGCUGGUACAUAAUUAAUACCCUUUCUCAUUUAUAAGCCAUUGUUUUUUCCACUUGGUAGCAGUGUUAAAUAACCCACAUUGCUAUGCGACUAACCCGCCUUAAAGCCGUAUGUAUUCUUUUUGUAAACACUAAUAUGCAGAUUUGUUGUGUUAACAUGCAGAGAUGAUGUAUUUGUUGUUUUCUUAUCUAGUGAUGGAUAUUCACCACUGUAUAAGCACAUUAAACUGUGAGAUGUAGUUUGCUUAAAGCAGCGACGACAGGAAACUGUUAGAAAAAAAACAACGUAUUUGUAGAUUAGGACGUGCUACGCUUUUGUCAGGAAGGUAUGUUUGACAAAGAACUGUCCCGAGUUUGCAUGUGCAUGUGUUUGGAUUUGGAUGAAAUAUUACUUUGUGCAAUUUACACUUAUUUAAAUCCUUUUACAGUAGUUUUAACAUUAUCAGCAACUUUAGUCCUGAAGUAUUUCAUUUAACAGAAGUGUAGCCUCUAUGAUUAACACAUAUUUACUGAAUGUAAUGUGUUAACACUUAAAUGUGGUCAAGCUGGAACGCUCUGUUUCUUUCUGUGCUGUGUGUGUGUGUGCGCGUGUGUGUGUGUGUAUCUCUUGAGAUGUUUGCAAUGCAAUAUUGCAAUAAUGUUAUGUUUGAAUUGGACGGAACGCAGGCGAGAGGUGAAUGAUUUUUUUUAUUUUUUAUUUCUUUUAGUGUUUUUUGGGGGUGGGGGGCGAACAUGGACCGGAGAGGUUUGGAGCGUCGGCCACAGGUCUGUUUUUUCACGUCCAUGAAACGGCAUUCCAAAAUGUGCCUUAUUUGAUAGAUGGGAAAACAUUUUAGUGCUUUGGAGCUGUUGAGAGCUUGAUGAAUAAAAGGCAAAUUUAUAUCUG